CAGAACCAGAGUGCGGACAAUUGUCGACGCAGAUCGAGUGUGUUCGUCCACAUCAAACACAGACAGUCACACAGUCAUGAGCAGUCAGGCUGCUACCCACUGCACGCACAUGGGCAUGGCAGCAGCAGCAGCACACCAUCAGAUCACAUCACGUCACAUCAACCGUCAGCAAUUCAGUCACUCGCUGCCAUCGGUGCCGUCAGCGCCAGUUGAGCUGGGUUAUCAAAGGCUGGCCACGUCACCUUCUUCGCCAAACGCUGAUCGACCACCCAACCCCCCUCGUCGGCUGCACGAAUGCGACACCUACAAUCCAUCAAUGCAGCACGACAGACAAGAAAUGAGAAGAGCCAAGACACACGCGCACACUCCCUCACACAGCCCCUCGUGUACCUCACCAGUGUGUUGCUAUGCAAGGUAUCUAUCCCAGCACUGUCCUCUCGAGCCCAUGUGUCGCCAGCAGCCGUCUGGCGACCCGCACGGCCGUGGGUUACCGCUCGAUGGCCGUCCUGCCCUCUGUCGGUGCCUCGGUCGUCCAAAGGAUGAUGUUGCCAUCAACCAUAUCUAGGUAGGCCACAGUAGCAUCUGUCGCCUUGCUGCCCUUGAGCACGAUGAUCCGCCCGCGGCUGUCGUCCCUCUGCGCCACACGCUCAGCCAUGAUGCCGACUGUCUUGUGGCCGUGGAUGGGCUCCGUCAGCAGGGACGUAGCGGCUGUCAGCACGACCGAGACGACCGACAGCCACCAGCUUCCACUCCACCCUCCCUUGACCCCCCCAGUGCUUCAGGACCAUCGCCGUGAGGAAUGCCGUGAAGGAUGGGUAGAGAUAGAUCCAAUGGCGAAUGACGGGAUCGCUCUCCUUGUAUGUGCGACGAUAGGGGUGGUUGUUGGGCAAAUCGGAUAGGGGGACUGUCACGAAGUCGAGAUCGCCGAUCUCAUAGCGCCGUCUCGUCACCCCACCCCCACCAUCACCAUGCUGCCCCCCCUGAUCGCUGCCCGCUGUACCGGCCUCGGCACUCGCGCCGUCAGCUCCAUCCUGCUCAUCCACCCGCUCCAGCGUUAGGCUCUCCCCUUUGUAGCUGAGCAAGUGGCCGAAUGUCCUGUAAAUGGCGAGGGCGGCCGGCAUCUGCAGGAAGUCGCCCCUGCUGGCCAGGUGGUCCCCCAUCCGCUUGGGCGACAGCCGCAGGGGCAGUGUCUUGAUGAGCUUGUAGUUGCGCGCCAGGUGGAUGAAGUCGGUCAUCUGCACCCACACCGCCCCGCCCCGCUCGAGCGCAUAGGCGCAUUUGCUGUAGUAGCCGAACAUUGACCGAUACACGUCGACGAGGCCGGUCAAAUGGUUGCUGUCGAGGAAGCCAUCGAUGCGCUUGAGCAUGAAGGCCUCGUUGAUGAGCUGUGUGCCGAAGAGGGUGUUGGCUGCCCUCGCCGGGCUGAUGGCCACGUCGACAGGGAGAUAGCCCACGAUACCGUCACAGUACACAUCGGCGGGCAGCCGAUUGGCCGUCACGUCCACGGCAUUGUCGCCAUCAGCAGCAGCUGUGGUGUCUGGCUGAGAUGGGGGAGGGGGCGGGGCGGCAGAGAUGUGGUGGGCGAUGGUCUGAAUGGCAGCCGAGAGGGUCGACACGCUCGACUUGACAGAUGACCAAUCCUGUGCGACGAUGGGAACCUAGCGGCAGACGGUUUCGCCCACACAGAAGAGGCAAAUCCAUGUAUUGAGCCAUUUCUUUCUCUGUGUGACCCACCUGGUCAGCGGCAAUGGAUGUCAUUACUAAGGGCUCAACAUCCGACACCUCGGUCGCCACCUGCCACACGAGUCGAGUCUGUCAGUUUGGUCAGGUCGCAUGUCAAACUUGUGUGUGCCAUUCACCUGCUCCAUGAGCGACUGUAUGGCCGCCAGCCGAUGCCCCACGCCACACACAGCACCGGCAGACAUCCCUGACACCGGCAAUUAAGAUGGGUACAGAGUGACAGCCAGCCGGUCCAUCUUUCGCCUCGUCUGCUCACCGACAGAAGAUUUGACAGAACAAGGAGAAGCAGCUGCUCAGACACCAGAGAUCCACGCAGCCAAAACUGCUUGUGGAUCACGACCCACACCACACGUGCAAAGACAGCGCGCGAGCCGGCGUUUCGAACAAGCACGUCAGGCCCACUCACUCCUGUGUGCGGCAGGCCACUGGAGGCACUGCGAUU